AUGAGCUUCACCAUCCUUAGCGCUACCGCCCUCCUCUUUAGAGGCAGAUCCUCAGUUCUAUUCGACAUCGCGUUCCCCAACGGCUUCGGUUACCAACCUCCUGUGCGCCCUACCGUUGUCCUUGACGUAGAUGUAGUUAAGCGAUUGCUGGGCCCUGCUCGCUACAUGUACUGGUCCGCCUUCGCCUUGGUCUCUGUGCCUGAUCAGGAAAUGCAGCGGGCUUUUACGGCCAAACGGAGGGCCGGGAGGGAGGUCAUCGGGUCACUCGCCGUUGACGUCCACGCCUAG